AAGCAUUCCUGAAGUGGACAUUCCGUGGCAGCAGUGGUAGCGGUGUGGCAGUACGGUCGCUGUCGGCUGUCGGCCCGUUCGUGAGCUGUCGUCUACAUUCUUCACACCGAACACUAUCCCUUUUUAUUUGAAGUGUCUGGUAGUGUGAUUUCUUAACAGCUUUAGGUGAUAAUUGCUCCGCUUGCUAGUAUACAAUGCAGCUGGAGGUUAUCAGAUCUGCUGCUACCCAUUCCAAGGAGUUCGUCAACUCGUUGGUUGGACACAAAGAACCAUGGCAGAUCGUGGCUAUCACAGCAACCAGCACUUUGGCUGGUUAUUGGCUUAUUGAGUUCAUUUUUGAUGGAGAUGAAAGUGCCUGGAUCAGGUGUAAAAAAUCAGCUUUUAGGAUUCUGCGAAGGAUUCCUGCAGUAAGAGAAAAGAUUGAUAGUGAGCUUAAAAAAAUUCAAGAGUCCUUUUCAGAAGAUGCCAAGAAACGUUAUCAAGGAAAGGUCUUCUUUGGUUCUCUUCCUGUGAAAGGGAAAGCUGAUUCUGAGAUCCUGAAGCAGGUCCAUGAAUACUUAGAGCUCGGUGAAUAUAAGUGGAAAGAUGGCUAUCUGUCUGGUUCUCUGUACAUGUGGAAUCCUGAGUUGAUCUCAAUGCUGUCAGAAGUUUGUAGUGCUGCUUUCUACACAAACCCCUUGCAUCCAGAUGUUUUCCCUGGUGUUAACAAGAUGGAAGCGGAGGUUGUAAGAAUGUCCUGUAACUUGUUCAAUGGCAGUUUGGAAUCGUGUGGGACUAUGACAACUGGUGGAACUGAAUCCAUAUUUAUGGCCUGCAAAGCAUACAGAGACUAUGCUCAAGAAGAAAAGGGUAUCAAGCGUCCUGAAAUAAUUGUUCCUGUCACAGCCCACGCUGCUUUCGACAAAGCUGCCCACUAUCUUGGUAUCAGGAUUAAACACAUUCCUAUCAAUGAGGACACAACAGUCAACAUUGCAGCCAUGAAAAGAGCAAUUUCAAGGAACACUUGUAUGCUUGUUGGAUCUGCUCCUAAUUUCCCUUAUGGUACAAUUGAUGAUAUUACUAGUAUUGGAGAAUUAGGUAUGAAAUAUAACAUUCCUGUUCAUGUUGAUGCUUGUCUUGGUGGCUUUAUUGCUGCUUUCAUGGACCAUACUGAGUACAAGAUGCCACCAUUUGACUUCCGUGUACCUGGUGUGACAAGUAUAUCUGCUGAUACUCACAAAUAUGGAUUUGCUCCGAAGGGUUCAUCUGUACUGAUGUACAGUGAGCCUAAGUAUAGGCGAUACCAAUACACUGUGACAACAGACUGGCCUGGUGGUGUGUAUGGGUCUCCCACAGUGGGGGGCUCUCGUUGUGGAGCCAUUAUUGCCACUUGUUGGGCAACUUUCAUGCAUUUUGGUUUGGAAGGCUAUGUAGAAGCAACUCGCCAAAUUGUAAAAGCCACAAAACAAAUUGAAGAUGGCCUGCGGAAAAUUAAUGGAAUCUUCGUCUUUGGUAAGCCAGUGACCUCAGUCGUUGCCAUAGGUUCUAAAGUGUUCGACAUUUAUAUUCUGCAAGAAGCAAUGCAAGCAAAGGGCUGGAACUUGAAUACUUUGCAGUUUCCCAAGGGGAUUCAUCUUUGUGUUACCCACUUACACACUGAAGAGGGACGAGCAGAAACAUUUGUUAAAGAUGUUGAGGAAGCCGUUGCAGAGAUCAUGAAAAAUCCUCAGCAAGAUGUGGAUGGGAAGAUGGCUAUAUAUGGUGCUUCACAAACACUGCAAGACCGCACCAUUGUGACUGACUUCACAAGAUUGUGGAUAGAUGCUCUUUAUUAUACUCCAGACACACCAUCAGCUUAGUUUUGUGAAUUGUGAAGAAGGUGCAGGUACAUAAAAGGAUGGAUCUCUACUGUUCCUGUGUACUUGAAACUUUAUCAUCAAGUUAAUUAUUUGUUCCAUCAUUUUAUCAACAUACUUAUUCUUGUGUAGACAUACUGCAUGUCUAUAUACUGACAAACAUAUGUUAUACACUUUUAAUGAGGCCCUGUAUUUCACUUUUUUUCGCAUGGUUUAAAAGGAUACUUUUGGAUCUUGUUUAUAACAAGCUUAAUUUCUAUUUUGAAAUAGUAAGUAUUUCUAAUGUGUUUCCCUGUUGAUUGGUAACAUUUAAAUGUUUUUGCCAACGAAUAUGAAUCAGAUGCAUUUGGUAUUUUAGUUGUGUUUUUCUGCUGAGGAGUGACAUUUUAACAAUUCUAAAGAACACGAAAAUGUCAUGGUUCAGUCAGGAUCAGGUCAUUUAAACCAUUUUAAACUCUCUUCCUGACAUCUGUGAUAUUGCCCUUUAAAUAACUAGCAAAAUUUUGAAAUUUUAAACUUUAGUAAGAGUCUAAGUCACAAUUAUGCUCUAGUGAUUUUAUAUCUUUGGUCAAAAUUUUUGUGAGUAAGUAAUUAUUUAGACCAUUGAUUUUGUAGUGUUGUGACUAUUUCGUGUUCUUUGUGGGUUUUUUUAUGCAAGAGGUUGAUCAUUCCAUUCCUCCAAUCAAAAGAAUUCCUGUUAUGUGUAAAUGGUGAUACUUAACUACAUUUAUUUUCUAUUAUUUUUUUUACCUUAAUAGCAUUAUCUUGUGUCACUCUUAUUGGCAAAAAAAAUAAUAAAUGGUUGCAAUGCUGCAAGGAACAAAACCAAGUAAUAUUUAUACAAUUAUUUUUGUUAUUACUGUUAUUCAAUUAAGGCCACGCCUACUUUUAUAUAUUGAUUGUUGCAAUAAAACGUUAAGUGUGAAAUUUCA